AUCAUUUCUAUCUAACAACGAUACCUGCAUCUUUGUAAGAUACACUGGUCUAAUAUUGAAGAAAAGGGAGUUCGAAGUGAUGAAGAACUUCAUUGCAGCAGCUUUUUUGCUUUUGACUUUUGCUAUUGUGGCCUUGGCAUCCAAGCCAGAUAACGAUGAAAUUAGUCUAUCGCCAAACCAAGCAAAUGACUUUAACAUCAUGAAAAGGCUUAAAAUUGCAAAGAGAAGUCUUUAUCAUGAAUGUUACGUCGAAGGAUGCGAUUAUGAAGAAGUAGAGGAGUCGUAUAGUAAUGAAGAAUCCGGCGAGGAGUAUUGGAAAAAGUAUACCUGUGCUAAAAAAGGACAAAACUGUCCCCCUAAAGAUCCAGACUGUGGUUCUGGAAGGGAGGCCGAGGGUGCCUACUCGCAAAGGUGUAGGACAUCUUGUCGAUCAGGGGAACGCCGACAAUGGAUYCAUGAUAAUAGGUGCUCUGGUGGUAGGGUAUGCUGUCAGUGUCACGCACGCACUACCCGAGGAUGUUCAGUGGAUUUGUAAGAAGACGAGCGAUACCUGAGCUUAUUUAUCUUCAUUUCAAUAACAUAUACUUGAUUUACUGCUACAUAAUAAAUUCCAUAAAACUC